CGGGUUGAUGUUUCGCGUAUACUCGCUCCCCACAAGGUCAAGUGCGAGCGUCCGAGUCAUUGCUCUUCGCGUGCGCAUCGCAUAGUUGCGCCGGCGCAGCUAUUAGUGCGCAGUGUUCCACGGAGCGCGGUACAAAAUGAAGACCCAAAUAUUGCUAGGUUUCCUAAUCUGGGCAUCUGCCCAGGCCUUAGACAGUGGGGACAACAAAUUCAUGAAGGAUUAUGCUAUGUUAAAGAUCUACGAAAGCUGCUUCGGCACACAGCUUUUGAAACAAAUAACCAAAGAGUUAAAAGACGCUUACGCAAAAUGUUCAACAGCGCCACCUAUGAAGGAACCGUUGAACUCGCACAUACCGCCGCUAUUCCUCAGUAAGCUACCGCCCGGGUUUUCCAUGGACCCGAACUCGCAAACCAUCACCAAGCCGCUAGAUGGCGCUGCUCACAAUAAAGACGAAGAAAUUAAUAUUCAAGAUCAAGGACCUCCACCACAAAAACAAACAAUGGGUGGAGUUUUAACUUUCAGACCUCAUGGAGUAAAUGGUCCAUUCCCCCAGCCCCAGCCCGCGAUCCCGCCAUACGUGAUCCCGGCCCAGUUCCGGCCUUACAGCGCGAACCCUUACUACCAGAUGCCAUACAGCUCACCAGUGUUCUUCCCGCCUAAUAUGCCAGGAUACAACCCUUACUUCGCAGCUCAGCAGCAGUACCAACAGCCUUUCUUCCAACAACAACAACCUUUCUUUGGGAAUAAUCGGAUGUCUCGUCACCUCGGCCUGCGGGCCCGACUAGGCCUGAACGCCAGGGCCCAAUCCGGUCAGAACGUGACCUGCGUGAUGCAGGAGCUUGGCUACAUCGACAGCAACAUGGAGCCCAACUACGAGCAGAUUACUCAGAGGAUCAACAAUCUCCCAGUGUCGAGUGAGCUGAAGGGCGACAUACAAGAAGGCCUGCAGUUCUGUCAGAAGUUCUCGCAAUGCGUGCCUGAAGACAAGCGUGACAUCGUGCCGCGCCCACAGGAGCAGAUCAGAGCUAUCUUCUUCUUCCGCUGCUACAAGCACAAGAAACUGGAGGCGUGCAUUAUGAAGGACAUCAAUGAGCAUUUCAACAAGGAGUACAUGUUCGACUCUGACACCGAUUUCGCCCUAUCCCGGUCAGCCCGCUCAGUUCGUGACGUGCCCCUCCGAGACCCGAGCCUCGAAGCCUUGGAGGAAAUGGAAGUAUACCUCUACGACUACCUGAGCGGAGGAGGUGGCUUCGACUUCGACCUGUACAUUUAAGACUGAGCCUUAGAUUUUAGUCAGUCAUUUUUAGCUUGUAAGUGUAGGUGAGAUUCCACAAGUAGUAACAAAUCGCUAGUAACACAUUGAGCGCAUAUACAUAGUUCGAAAAUGUUUUGGUGAAACUACAACUUUUUUGUUCGAGAACAAAUUAAUGUGUGCGAAUAUGUUGGUGGAAUCCCGCCUUAAGGUAUUGAAGUAAGAUUUUAGAUAAUAAUGCUGUAGAAUCAUUUCGAUAAGAUUGAUUACUGGAAGGAGAAUUUUUAAAUAAUUGAAGAUUUUGGAGUUUUAGUUGAAUUUCAGCAAACAACUGAUUUUUGUUUGAGAAUUAAAGUACUUAGACAUUUCUGAAUUAGAUAAUAAACUACAACAAACGUGUUUUAACCAAUUUUACAGCUCUUGACAACGGAGAUUAUUUAAAGUAGUAUGGUGCUCAAAAAUACUCAUUUACUUAUUUAUUUAUCAUGAUAAAACAUUAUUUAAGUUAUUUAAUUUUGAAAUUAAAGCUCAAUUAGGUUGCCCCUAUAUACGUAAUUUCUAGCGUUGCUAAGUGCAUAAGUAAUUAUUUGUCUAUUUCAAAAACUAUUUGGGAAAUAGUUUUCCGGCACUUGAUUUUAAAUUAAUUUAGUACCUAAUACAUUUUUAGUUAAAUAUUCGCCAUUGAAUGCAUUUAAUAAUAAUAAUCAUAAGUUUCUAUUAGAUUUAAGAUAUUAUCUCUGGCGUAGGGUAAAAACCGGGGUGUUUGCUGCUCACAUAAUCAGAAUAAUUUAAUAUAACAUAAGCAUUGGUAUAAACAGGCAGGCCUAUGUCCAGCAGUGGACUGCGAUAGGCUGAUGAUGAUGAUUAUAAUUGGUAUAAACUAUGUUCAGAAUAUAAUUAAUUUUUGCUUGUGACUUUAUAAUGACUGCUUAGGUAUGUACCUAAUUAAAAAAUAUUUCAACUGUCAUAAAUUUUUAUAUUAAUUUUAUAAAUCCUCAGGUGUUAAAACAAAGAGAAGUUUAAUUUUCAUUUCACACAUAUGCAAAAUAUCCCUUUUCGGCAGUCGGGUAAUAAAUUGAUAUUAUGUGGUAGCAAACUAAAGUUCUUGUCGAUCAGGCUCGCUAGUUCAAGCCUCAGAGAUGACGACUAUUCUAGAUAAUAGGGUAACAGGUACAUUUGCUGACCUUUUGUAUUUAAUUUCAUAAUUUUAUUGUUUUCAUCCAUUAAAGGCAAUUUUUUUUCUCAUUUUUUUCAAGGAUUAAAUGUAUUUUUUGAUACUCUAAAAAGCACAUAAUUAUAUCCGCAAAUGAAUGAUGCAUUUACUAGUUUUAAGUGUAGUGCUUAAGUUAGGCUAAUUUCAGAUUUGAAUUGUAAAAUCAAAACGUCAACUGAUUAAAAUAAAUAAAAGUA